AUGGGGUUCACUCCACAAAAGCAAGAGAUCAGCUGGUCUCGGUUCCAAGCGCCCUUAUAUUCCCUAUUGAGUACAUCUUGUCCACAAGAAAACGGCCACGCUCGACCGCGUCGCCACCCCGCGGCGAUAGCGCGAACUGGCGCGAUAGCGCGAACUGGCGCCUGGCGAACGCAUGCUCGCGAGCGUACGCAGUGCUGGCACAGUAUAUCCAGUAGCGACAGUGCGAGAAAAAUGUUCCUGAAUGAUUCGCGAAACAGGCUUCAACCAAAUGCUAUUCCUACAAAAGAACCAUCAUUCCAUAAUUCACAAACAAUGGAAGCUAUUUCAAGCGAUGUAAUACCCAAUCAGCCUAAUUGUCAGGAACCAUUAAAAGCAGAUGAAAGAGAUAAAUCUAUUCUUUCGGAAAGUAAAGAAACACAAACAGAUUUAUCAAGAAAUUCACCACAAAAAAAGUUAUUAAGGAAAAGAAACGUAAUGCUGCAAAAGAAAAUAAAAAGGUUGCAAAGAAAAACAGAUAUAAAGAAAAAAAUUAAGAUUCAGGACUGUAGUACCAUUGAACAUUAUUUAAAUUUGACAGAUCAUUUUUUACCAGAACCUCUUGCUAAGUUUGUUAAAACACAAGCUCGUUUAAAUCAGUAUUUAAAAAAAGGCUUGCAUGACUUUUUAUUUGAUGUUUUACGAACCAAAAUAAGUACUUUUGCUGUUCCUACCGACAAAUAUUGUAUUUUGUGCAUGGAUGAAGCAUCGCUCAAAGCAAAUUUGUUUUACAAUAUCAGUAAAGAUGAAGUAAUCGGAUUUGAGGAUACAGGAAAUGGCAAGUCUUUCUCUCCUGCAUGCAAUGUUGCUCUAUUAAUGAUUAGAGGCAUGUACAAAUCAUGGAAACAACCUCUGGGCUAUUAUUUUCUACAUUCUACAUUUUCAGCUGAUAAGCUUAAAAAUGUGAUUACUGAAGUACUUAGUAAAUUGCAAGGAAUUGGACUUAAAGUGAUUGCAUUUGUAACAGAUAUGGGUAACAAUUUUAUACAAUUAGAAAAGUUGCUUAAUGUUACAACAGAUUCUCCAUAUUUUUUCAUAAAUAAUGAACAAAUUGCUUAUUUUUUUGAUCCUCCACACGUACAAAAAGCUGUUAGAAAUAAUUUCUAA